AUGUUGAUCGCUGUGGCGAUCAGUAACUGUGGGUUCUGCACCGGAUUGUGGGGCAUCGGGUUCCUCAAAGGGCUGACGGACCUUGACGACGGCGUGAUAAUACUGGCUACGCUGUUGCUGUUCCCCGCCACCCUGGCGCUGUAUGGAGUUUUGCAGAUGUGGUUCGCUGCCAAAGAAGCCGUUGAGAAAAGGGCCACCGAGAGGGGACGCCGUGAGGGGCGUCAGGAGGAGCGUGAGCGGAUCAGCAAGACGUUGGCAGAGCACGGCGUAGAGAUUCCUCCUGAAGUGGCCAGCAUUCUUGCUGAUGAAUCAGACGCCAACCGACGGGCACGAUAG